GUGCGUCGAGCUCGCAGCGGAACCAAGAUGGCGGCGUGUGGACGUGUACGGAGAAUGUUCCGCUCGGCGGCGGCGCUGCAGCUAGCGUUACUGCUUGCGGCCGUCGGGGCCCAGAAAAUCUUAGCUCCGGGCAGCCACAGCCAGAACCAGGGCCAGGGUCCAGGGGCCAACUUUGUGCCUUUCGUCGGGCAGGCUGGAGGCGGUGGCCCGGUGGGUCAGUCGCUGUCCCAGUCAUUGCAGUUUCAGCAACAACAACAGCAGCAACAGCAACAGCAACAACAGCAACAACAGGCGGCCCAGCCUCCACAGCCGCUUUUCCCGGCGGGUGGGCCUCCGGCCCGGCGGAGCGGAGCAGGGCCCGGUGGGGCUGGUGGGGGCUGGAAGCUGGCAGAGGAAGAGUCCUGCAGGGAGGAUGUGACCCGGGUGUGCCCCAAGCACACCUGGAGCAACAACCUGGCGGUGCUCGAGUGUCUGCAGGACGUGAGGGAGCCUGAAAAUGAAAUUUCUUCAGACUGCAACCAUUUGUUGUGGAAUUACAAGCUGAACCUAACUACCGAUCCCAAAUUUGAAUCUGUGGCCAGAGAGGUUUGCAAAUCAACCAUAUCAGAGAUUAAGGAAUGUGCUGAUGAACCAGUUGGGAAAGGUUACAUGGUUUCCUGCUUGGUGGAUCACCGAGGCAACAUCACCGAGUAUCAGUGUCACCAGUACAUUACCAAGAUGACGGCCAUCAUUUUCAGUGAUUACCGUUUAAUAUGCGGCUUCAUGGAUGACUGCAAAAAUGACAUCAACAUUCUGAAAUGUGGCAGCAUUCGGCUUGGUGAAAAGGAUGCGCAUUCUCAAGGCGAGGUGGUGUCAUGCUUGGAGAAAGGCCUGGUGAAGGAGGCAGAAGAGAAAGAACCCAAGGUCCAGGUCUCGGAGCAAUGUAAGAAAGCCAUUCUCCGCGUGGCCGAGCUGUCCUCAGACGACUUUCAUCUAGACCGGCAUUUGUAUUUCGCAUGCCGAGAUGAUCGUGAGAGGUUUUGUGAAAAUACCCAAGCUGGUGAAGGCAGAGUGUAUAAAUGCCUCUUCAACCAUAAAUUUGAAGAAUCCAUGAGCGAAAAGUGUCGGGAAGCACUGACAACCCGCCAGAAGCUGAUUGCCCAGGAUUAUAAAGUCAGUUACUCGUUGGCCAAGUCCUGUAAGAGUGACCUGAAGAAAUACCGGUGCAACGUGGAAAACCUUCCCCGGUCCCGGGAAGCCAGGCUGUCCUACCUGCUCAUGUGCCUGGAGUCCGCUGUGCACAGAGGGCGACAAGUGAGCAGUGAGUGCCAAGGGGAGAUGCUAGAUUACCGGCGCAUGCUGAUGGAAGACUUCUCCUUGAGCCCCGAGAUCAUCCUGAGCUGUCGGGGGGAGAUUGAACGCCACUGUUCAGGACUCCAUCGGAAAGGGCGAACCCUGCACUGCCUGAUGAAAGUUGUUCGAGGGGAGAAGGGGAACCUUGGCAUGAACUGCCAGCAGGCGCUUCAAACACUGAUUCAGGAGACGGACCCAGGUGCAGAUUACCGCAUUGACCGUGCAUUGAAUGAAGCUUGUGAAUCUGUAAUACAGACAGCCUGCAAGCACAUCCGGUCAGGAGACCCAAUGAUCCUCUCGUGCCUGAUGGAGCAUCUUUACACGGAGAAGAUGGUGGAAGACUGUGAGCAUCGUCUCCUGGAGCUGCAGUAUUUCAUCUCCCGGGACUGGAAGCUGGACCCGGUGUUGUACCGCAAGUGCCAGGGAGAUGCUUCACGGCUGUGCCACACCCACGGUUGGAAUGAGACCAGCGAGCUCAUGCCCCCUGGCGCCGUGUUCUCCUGUCUGUAUAGACACGCCUACCGCACGGAGGAGCAGGGUCGAAGGCUCUCUCGGGAAUGCAGAGCCGAAGUCCAGAGGAUCCUGCACCAGCGCGCUAUGGAUGUGAAGCUGGACCCCGCCCUCCAGGAUAAGUGCCUCAUAGAUCUGGGGAAGUGGUGCAGUGAGAAAACAGAGACCGGGCAGGAGCUUGAGUGCCUCCAAGACCAUCUGGAUGACUUGGCCGUGGAGUGCAGAGACAUAGUGGGCAACCUCACUGAGCUGGAGUCGGAGGAUAUUCAAAUAGAAGCCUUGCUCAUGAGAGCCUGUGAGCCCAUCAUUCAGAACUUUUGCCACGAUGUGGCAGACAACCAGAUAGACUCUGGGGAUCUGAUGGAGUGUCUGAUUCAGAACAAGCACCAGAAGGACAUGAACGAGAAGUGUGCCAUUGGAGUCACCCACUUCCAGCUGGUGCAGAUGAAGGAUUUUCGGUUCUCCUACAAGUUCAAAAUGGCCUGCAAGGAGGAUGUGUUGAAACUUUGUCCCAACAUAAAGAAGAAGGUGGACGUGGUGAUCUGCCUGAGCACCACUGUGCGCAACGACACCCUGCAGGAAGCCAAGGAGCACCGGGUGUCCCUGAAGUGCCGCAAGCAGCUGCGCGUGGAGGAGCUGGAAAUGACAGAAGACAUCCGUCUGGAGCCGGAUCUCUAUGAAGCCUGCAAGAGCGACAUCAAGAACCACUGUUCCACUGUGCAGUACGGCAACGCUCAGAUUAUUGAGUGUUUGAAAGAAAACAAGAAGCAACUGAGUAACCGCUGUCACCAGAAGGUAUUCAAGCUGCAGGAGACAGAGAUGAUGGACCCGGAACUAGACUACACACUCAUGCGAGUCUGCAAGCAGAUGAUAAAGAGGUUCUGCCCAGAAGCAGAUUCUAAGACCAUGUUGCAAUGCUUGAAGCAAAAUAAAAACAGUGAACUGAUGGAUCCCAAAUGCAAACAGAUGAUAACCAAGCGCCAGAUCACCCAGAAUACAGACUACCGCUUAAACCCCGUGCUGAGGAAAGCCUGUAAAGCUGACAUUCCAAAAUUCUGUCACGGCAUCCUGACCAAGGCCAAGGACGAUUCGGAGCUGGAAGGCCAAGUUAUCUCCUGCCUCAAGCUGCGAUAUGCUGACCAGCGGCUGUCUUCAGACUGCGAGGACCAGAUCCGCAUCAUUAUCCAGGAGUCGGCGCUCGAUUACCGCCUCGACCCUCAGCUCCAGCUGCACUGCUCAGACGAGAUUGCCAGUCUCUGCGCAGAAGAAGCAGCGGCCCAGGAGCAAACAGGUCAGGUGGAGGAGUGUCUCAAGGUCAACCUGCUCAAGAUCAAAACAGAAAUGUGUAAAAAGGAAGUGUUAAACAUGCUGAAGGAGAGUAAGGCAGACAUCUUUGUGGACCCUGUUCUUCACACAGCGUGUGCCCUGGACAUCAAACACCACUGUGCGGCCAUCACUCCUGGCCGCGGGCGCCAAAUGUCCUGCUUGAUGGAGGCCCUGGAAGAUAAGCGAGUGCGACUACAGCCCGAGUGCAAAAAGCGCCUUAAUGACCGGAUUGAAAUGUGGAGUUAUGCAGCAAAGGUGGCCCCAGCAGAUGGCUUCUCUGACCUAGCCAUGCAAGUGAUGACAUCACCAUCAAAGAACUACAUCUUGUCUGUGAUCAGUGGGAGCAUCUGCAUAUUGUUCCUGAUCGGCCUGAUGUGUGGACGGAUCACCAAGCGAGUGACACGAGAGCUCAAGGACAGGUAGAGGCGCCUUGACCACCAAAGGAACUCCCUGCCCAGUGCCCGGUUUGUACAGCCCCUCCUGUAUAGUGUAUCCUCUCACUUCAUCCUUCUAAGAAGUGGCACCAACACCUAUGGUAGAGCAGCAGCAGGUGCCCACUGCAUUGUCCCGUCCAGACUCGGCCAUGCCCACGGUGUCCUCCUCCUCCUCUGCCGCCGUCUGUGCAGUGUCCACAGCUGGCCACUUUGGUGAUUGCCUUUGGCGAACUUGGGUUUACCUGCCUGUAGACAAGUCUUUCUUCUUCAGCUAAACUACCGAUUCUUCCAGAACCAACUCACCUGACCUGCAACUCAAAUGCUUUUUUUUAAAGAAAAAAAAAAAAAAACUACCAAAAAAAAGGAAAGAAGUUUUUAAAGAAAGAAAAAACUGUGUGUAAUAACACACCUCCAGGCUUGACUUGGGCAGCAGGGUUAUUUCUUCCAUGUAGCUUCAUCAGAUGAAGGCAGGACUUGGAGAGGGCACUCAUGCCCAGCAUGCAGUCACUGAGAUGUCUAGCUCAUCUCCCAGUAGCACCGUCGGGCCGUGCCAGGCCGGGGACGUCACUGAGUAUUGGCUGGAAGCCACUAGCCAGCCUGAUUUGGAUCUUGUUUGCUUCCAGCUAUCACCUAAAUGAGCCGUGUGCGCCUCCCCGGGCUGAGGGCAGGUGAACGGGGGCGGCUGAGAAAGUCAUGAUGUGGGCCUAUCCGUGGAUCUGCAGAGAGAGGCUGGAUUCUGAGUGAGCAGGCAGCAGGAGCCGUCCCCUUCCUCCCCAGGACACUGCGACCAUCCCAGAGAGGUCAGCCCUGCUGGCGGUGCCGUUGCUCUAGACGUUCUCUGCCUCCAGAAGCAGUGACUGGGUAGCAGGAUCCCGCGAAACAGGGUGAGGAAGGCAGGGCACAAGGAGAGCAGGGGCCACCCCCGCGUGGCUAUAUGUUUCCCACUGCAGUACAGGUCAGAGACAGUGGUUUGUAGAGAUUUAGCGUGGCCUCAGGGGCCUGGGGUCCUGCCCAGCGUCCCCACUCACUCCAGAUUCCCAGACGGGCUUCUUUGUGCCCGUGGGAGAGUGUGGCAAGCGCUCACAUAAAGGACGGAGGACCUGUCCGUUUUCUCUCUCUCUCUCUGUCUGCUGCGUGCACACCCUGGUAGGCACUGGCUAAGGUUAGCAUUUCGGUGACUCACCAACCGUUCUGGAACCAGAGCUUCACAGGGGCACCGUUCCUGGCCAUUCUCCCUUGUCCCUCCUGUGUGGAGGUGACAGGUCUGAGGCCCAGGACAGAGGGGCCUGGCAUCGAGGCUCAGUCUGGCUCACCUUUGCUUGAGUUGGAGCCAUAGCGUCACGGUGGCUGCACAGGAGGGCAGUGUGUACAGUAGGAGAUAUAUUUAUAUAAUAUAUAUUUUAUUAACCUGUUAGUUGUCCACAAAGUAUUAUAAAUCACGUGCCUAAAACUGUCCCUGUAGACCCAGGCCCCUCACGGCAUCCCUCUUCCUCCCGCUUGGCACAGCCCACAAGUGCCGGCACCUGAGCAACAUCUGUCUUCCUCUAAGUCUGUCCAGUACCAGCUGUGUCCAUUGCGGAUCGGGCGAUCCAAACGCUCCUCAUCUGACCUGACUGAUGUACCUUUGAAUACUGUGGUUUUGUUUUUCUUUCCUUUCCUUUGAUUUUUUGCUGCCUUUCCUAGAGGCAGAAGAUUCCACGAGCCAGCUGUAUGUUGCCAGCCUAGGUAGUACAAGUCACUAAGGAAAGCUGUAAGCCACCUGGUCCCCGAGUCCUGCUCUUAGGGUCUUCCUGAUUCUCAGCAACUAUCCUGAGAUUCUUCAGUCUCAUGAGACUUGAAAUGCUGCAGAGCGAGCACCACGCUGACUGCAUGCUCUGCAGACUGAGCUGAGCUGGCCCAGAAGGCCCCCUGCCUGGGGCAUUCCGUGGGGGUGCAGGCGUUACUGCAGUGUGCUUUUCAGGAUAGGACUCCGGUUUUCUGGGGGGAGGAAUGUUGUUGCCUGUCUCUGUGUAAAGCAUCCUUUUGGUUGAAUCUCCAUAUUUGUGUUCUUUCUGAACUGACAGGAAAUCCCCUUAGCAGUCUGCAGCAGAUUGGGAGGUUUGAUGAUUUGAUUUGUAAAACAUUUGUCACAUUUAGAAAUAGAAUAGAAAGGAUAAUGCUGCUGGUAUCUGGAAUUGCUUGUUACAAGAAAGUCUGCACUGUCUUCUUUGGAGCGGUUUCCUGUGACUGGAAAGGUCGUGAGCAUAUUUUCCUAGCCCAGGGGACCCGCCGUCAUCUGCACUGGCCACCCAGGCCGACCUGUUUUACACCUCGUUUGUCAUCACAGAGCCAGUCAUGAGGCAUGGGGGCUCUGGUCUUUGUCUUUGCCCCUGAUAUCUAGCCCAUGAACAAAAAUGUGAGUUUCUGAUGGGAUUUGGGCCAUGGCCAUAGCUCCGGGUGCUUGCUAAAAAUUACAGCAACCAGGUCACUGUCGUCUGGCCUUGCCCGCUCAUGCCACUGUUUCAGAGACUCUUAGCAGUCUGCUUCCUUCCAGGACUUCUCGAGCCUGGCACCAGGACGGGAGGCACUGGGCAGGGGUGGGGGUGGGGGUCAGAAAUCUGAACAGAAUGCUGGGGACAGGACUCCCCCACAGAAGGGAGGGAGAUGUUUCCUCCCUUGGUGCAUCCCUGGACUUCCCUGCCAUCGCUCCUGUCCCACGGCAGGCCUUGUAGCAGAGUGUACCCACAGGAGAGCCAUAGCAGAUCGCAGGUCUGUGUCGCAGGAAGCCUUCGUCCACAGCAUUCCGGGGAGGCCUGUGGCUGCCACUCCCAGGUCUGGGUCUGUGGGUCCAGCUGGCCUGUCUGAGGCCGUGAGUUCAUCCCAACAUGCGAGGGGAAUCUGGGGCGAUGAGCUAGCAGGUGUUGGCAGGAGCUCAUGCAGGUGCUGUCUCAUUUUGUGCCUGCUCUCCUGGGAGAUGGUAAGAAACUUGGGUCCGGGGACACUUCCCUGGGAAAUGUAAUAGAAAGUCAUUGUCAGAUUUCAUGUCUUCCGAUUACCUGAGCUCAACUGAUAGAAGAACCCACUGGUGAGGACACUGCCAUUUGCAUUUUAUCAGGCGGUUUGGGAAUUAUGUAGUUAAGGCCUUAGACCUUCCUGAGAGGUGGAUCAUUGUGACUUCUGCUGUCGGUGCUCGCAAGCUGCAGGUCUGCCGUAGCACUCCUGUCCUGAAGGUGCCCAGUAAUGAGGCACAGUGGGGAGAGGGCUUGCCGCGCCUCGUUUCCUAGCUGGUCUCCAGUGUGCUCCUGCAGCAGCCCUCCCUUCCCGUCCUCCACGCCCCGUCACGAAACGGCCUUCUCGGCGUGCACCCAUCUCGGUGUGUAAGGACACUUAGCUCUCAGAAGUCAGCCAGCCCUGCACCCCAUGUUGUAGCCACAGAACCACAAAAAGAAUGCAGCUUUGUGGAUUACAUGCAGCUUAGUAUGUUUACUUGGAUUUCAGCUCCUUAUGAGUUAGAAACAUCUCAAAGCUCGGAAUGCUCCCUCUCCUACGUGCCGUAUGAGCACUCCUGAGUGGGUUUAUGAAGUAUGGCUCCUGGGGGCCUUCAGAGCCAGCUCCCAGCCCAGCUGUCCGCGCCUUGGCCUUGGCUCCCAGGAGGCCCAGGCCAGGUCCGACACUCCAGCCUCCCCUCCUUCUGCUCGGCCGCUCUGCCACCCUCUUCCCACACUCCGCCUCGGUCCCUCCGCCAGGAUCACAUCAGAGCAAUGGCAUCUGCGGCACAUCCCCCUUCCCACCCAGGCCUCAGUCAGUGGGUGAGUGGACUGCUGGGUGACACACUCCCCCCACCUGAGCCAUCCGCCAAGACUGCUGUGGAGACACAGGAAGGGGACUGUAUCACCGAGAGCACAAACAGGCCGUCCACACAGGCUGGCGGGGGCAGGGUCCCAGUGGGGGUCUCCUGCCAGGCGAGGAGGAAGUGUGGCCUGCUCCUCUGGGUCGUGUCUUGCCAUUCCCCAGUGUAGGCGCGACAUCUGCACCCCGAGCCCGGUUGGUCCUGGCAUGAAAGCAGGCUGGGUGUGCACUAGUGCCGCGUGAGAUCUUGGGCCUCGGAAUUUUUUUUUUUUUUUUUGGUUUUUGUGUGUGUUUGUGUUUGGGUUUUUUUUUUUUUUUUUUUUUUUUUGAAAGUAAAAAAGUACAAUUAACAAGCCUCUUUUGUAAAUGGGUUUCCUUUCUAUGUACAGAAUCCUGGCAGUUCCUUGUUUUUACAUGUUCAUGCUGUGUAAUUUUGAGAUGUUACUGAGAUUCUGAACAUAAUGUGCAUUUUUUUCUGUACAGAUGAAAUGGGAGAAUUUAAUAAAGAGUUUGCAGGUUUGUACUUGUUAAAUCUUCUCUGUGGUGACUGGGAGGAGCCUCCAACCCUCUGUUCAGCUGGCUGAAGUUCAUGGACCUGAACCGUGCCCUCCCCGAGCCCACUGAGUGCCGCAGGAAGCCCUGCAGGGCCGACUUGGGCUGGCUCCCCCGGAAUGGCUCGGUCUGCUGCCUCUGCAUGGGCAGAGCUGAUGGGCACUUUCUUGUCAGAAGUGACUCGCUUGGCAGGUCUGCCCGGUCCUGGCGGAGGGAUUCUUGAAGCAGGCGGGUCCAGUAUAUGGUGAGAAAGAAGCACAGCCCAGGACCCCUGCAGUCCAUGUCGGCACUGUCACUUAAGAGACGGCCUGUGCCUUAGGGGAGGUGGUGAAGAGAACAGGGAAGGAGAUGGACUGGGGGGCCUCCUGAGUCCCAAGCACAGGGGCUCCCCUGUCUGGAGCCCCUGUGUAAGGAGAAUGGUGGCUGAAGCCCUCGGCAUCUAGGAGAGGCUGCCCGGAUUGGGUCUAAGCUCUGGAAGUGGGGUGCAGGGUUGAGGCCCUUGUCAGCUGUGCCCUCUUUUUGGAAGCCUUGUGAGGUUGCUGGGGCCUGGAACCAGGGCCUGUUCCUCUGCUCUCCUGAGUGACACACCUGUGGGCAGACGGGGAGCAGGGACCAGGCUCGGGGUCAGUGUGCACUCCUCCAUCGUUGUUCCCUGAAGAAUACAGCACAGCUGUUUGUAUAGCCCUAGCAUGGUUGUAGGCAUUGUAAGGAACACAGAGGUGACGUAAAGUGUACAGCAUGUUGUGCGCAGGUCCCUUGCAAAUCACCCACCAUCUGAACGGGAACGGAGCGCUGUGCGGGUUAGGGUGCUCUGCCCCACAAGUGGAAAGGUCACCUGUGCAGGGACAGGGAAGCUUCCAUUCUGUCACUGUGCAGCCUUGGGCUGGCACCGGCAGAGCAGUACCCAGCCUGGUGCUCUUGCCCAGGUCUCUCUGGUCUCCUCUGUUCCUUUGAGGACUUUAAAGUGUGUUUCUCCUGUGCUCCAGACCUUGGGCUGGGUCUAAUCAGACUGCUUGGCAUACAGUACACAGACCUUUCUGGAUAGUUACUGGGUAGGAGUGUUGGAGGCACAUGUGUACCAGAAGGGUCACAGGCCAACGCCUGGGGAGAUUCUGGGGGGUCUCCACGCCCGUCCCCCUCCAUUGGGCCCCAGCCUCCUGACCUGCAGCACAGCUCAUGCCCUCCGGCGGUUCCUCUGCUGUCUCCCUGAAAGGCGAGUGACAGGGUAGUGGAACCCCCUGGGCAGCUGGCCCCCAACUUCAUGGCACAGGUCCAGCUUCUCCCUUAGGUGGGACAUUGCUGUCCCACACAGCAGCAGCUGUCUUUACCCUCAUCAGCCAUAAAAGCUGGGACAUUUGGGUUUUUUAUCAUUGAUUCAGUUGUGUGUGUGGUUUGAACUGGGAAUUUAACCCAGGGCUGCCUUUAUUUUGAGACAAGCCCUCCCUAAGUCACUAUAUUGCAUGUGUUUGGCUCCAAUUUAUCAUCCUGCCUGAGCCUCCCAAAGUGCAUAGAUUUCAGGGGUGUACUGCCAUGCCCAACUUCCACUUUAACACAAAGUGCAGAUCACAAAGGAAAACGGAAGACACUGGAUUUUUGAAGUCCAGAUCUGGGAGCCUGCAGGAGAAAGAGACCCUCAGCCCUCUGUCGCGCCACCCUGCUCUCUGCCUCCUAAUGUGGGCACAGCCAGCUGAGCAGGGUUCCCAGGAGCCGAAUGAAGUCCUCCUCCAGGACCUGAGGCCCUCGGAGGGGCAGGUGCUAUGCCAGAGCCACACAGAUUGGGAGUGAGGGAGGGCGGGAGGCCAGAGGCUAGGGUGAGUAGGCUCAGCACACAGGUCAGAAAGUGGGGGCCUGUGCUUCCGCCCACACUGUGACAGGAGGUGGUGUGGUACAGUAGUGGGUGCCCCUGGUGGCAGGACUAGCAUUGUCCACAGUGAGAGGUGUGGCUGUCUGGGCCAGACCCAUCUCCUCCAGGAAAGCCAGAAGGCACACCUAAGCCACAGGCACUAACUUGCAGGUGACUCAGCAGACAGGUGGGACCUUGUUAGCCUCAGGGCUGCCCUGCACCACGCAUGGGACUCAGGCUGAGGCUGUAACCAGGAAGGGAGGGGUCUGAGGCAGCUGAGGGGCAGCGGGGUUGGCUGCCUGCUGGAAGCAACUCCAGGGUCACUUAGCCACGCAUCUCCAGGAGUACAGGGGACACGGGAAGUACAGAUGUGCUGCCACCUCAUGAAAAGACAAACACCGCAAGGAAACAAGCAGAGCGACAGGCCAUGAACGAACACGUUGGCCCUGAGCCGCAGAGGUGUGUGUGGCCUGCUGGAGCCUGAGUUGGACAUGCGUGCUACAGGAGAGAGCCGGAGACCAGAGUCCAGCCCUGUGAGACAAGCACUCUAGGGAGAAGCAUUGUCACUGUGCAGAGAUGACUUGGCCUCAGUUCUAAGCAAAACAGUGAGCAAAGACCAAGAUAGAUUAACCGCAUCAUCGCACUCUCCGGACUGGAAAUUCUGUCUGUAAAUGCUUCCCGCGGGUAUAAUUCAACUUCACUGCUGGAUGUCGUGGACUAUUUAUGGCUCAAUAAUGGUGCCAGAGAGCACAGCUAGAGAGCCUAGAGAAACCAGUGAUUUGUGCGGUGUGAGUGAGCCCUAGAAGCCCCAGUGACUAAAGGCCUGGACCGUGGCCAGGGGAGUGGACAGAGGCCCCCUGCGUUUCUCUGGCCAGGGCCCAAGGACCCCGGCAGAGGGCUGAGGGGGAAAGAGAUACUGGCGUAUCUGAGCGUCUCACCUGGAGGCCUCACAGAGCUGCCCAUCACUCAGGCCAUCUGCUGAAAUCUGAACCUAAGAAGCUCAGCCUGAAGAGAGGUUUGUGCAGGUGCUGUUGGGACAGUGGAAGGCCCGCGCCUUGUGCUGUGGGUAAGUGAUUGUGCAGUGUAUGCACCACUGUUGCCCCAAUCAAUGUGCUUAGAAAUUUUGUUGUAGUUUUUCCUCCUCCUCCUCCUCCUCCUCUUCCUCUUGCUAUUCUUCCUCUUCUUUUUUUCUUUUUAUCCUUGAAUAAAAUGGAUUUGGGGGGAAAAUUAAUAAAUAAAUAAAAACCUAUCCCAAGCCA